AUUUCGUUUCCUUGUGAUUGGUCAAACGGAAAGGCGGAUUGUUUAACAAUGCGUCGAUAACACGUGAUUCUCGUGACUAUUUAAACGAAACGUGUUGUUUCGUAUGGCGGUGUAUAUCCUUAAUGUUACUUUUUUUGUCAAAAAGGUGUAGGCGUAAUUUUAAAAGUGUAAAACAAAAAAUACAUAUGACACAUCGUACAUCUUGGCCGUGUCAUUGCUAAACAAGACAAGGUUAAAUCAUAUGCGUACAUUUUCCUUAAUCUUGACACAUGAGUCAGUUCGUGUUUUGCAAUCAAUGUAGCAUAACAUGGACUGAUUAUUAUAUACAAUGAAAGCAAUAAUAUUCAUUCUGUUAUUAGUGUGUUUACAAUUACAAGCCAAGGACUUGAUAUUAGGUACUAGAAUUAAUAACUUGUUGAUAUCAACACAGAAAGUUGAGUUCAGUGGAAUACCACUUAUAAGACGGGAUAAAGAUUAUGUGUAUACUGAUUCGAAACAGAGGAUUAUUAAGGGUGUGAUUGCCCGCGACCUUUCUCGGACAGACGCUGAAGUGACUGUGACAGCUGGAGGUGUCGGCGAAACCCACAUAACUUUACACCUGCGGAGUGCGAGGGGGGAGGGACUGAACUAUCUUAUACUCAUUUUUAGUCAGAAUAAAUAAAUUUCUUAGA